UUACAACCAUCCGCGACCGUCCUUCGGCGAUUACUUGGACAUUCCGCCUCACCAACUUCUUUCGACCGACCGCACUUUCUACAGCAUCAGUCAGCUCGCCGACACAAUGGGGAAAGAUAGAAAGGUCGCCGAGGACUUCCAAAAGCUCAUUCAGGCGGACCGCGAGAAGAAAAAGAACGAAGCCCUCGCGGCCAGGAUCUUCAACCGGACUAGCACGCCCGUCUCGACGCCCAAACAGACCACCGGUGGUUCGCUUGCAAGUCGCGCCGGCGUCAAGAAGCAACGCGGCGGCGGCCCCCAGUCAGCACCUUCGAAGAACAACAACGAGAGAGUCGGCUCAUGGACCGUUGAUCUUGGUCCUGGCUCAAGGUCCGCCAACAAUACCCCCAAGUCCGGUGGCCUCGCGGCGCGCAUCACCAACCCGAAUGCUGGACCUGCGGGUAACCCCCGCCAGAAGAGGCGGGCUGCGCAGAUGGCGGAGGCGAUCAUUAGGAAUGAGUUCCAGGAGCAGUCGGAUCAGCGCAGGCAGCAAGGUCAACAGAGGCGCCAGCAACACCAGCAACAGCAUCAAGCCCCUGCCAAUGCGCCCAAGGGACCGGCAGCUGCGUCAGUUCCUACGGGUCCUAGCAGCAAGGGAUUUACAAUCAGGGGUCUGGCAGGACCUUUUGCGGUAAUGGCGCAGAACUUUGCUCCCGGAACGACAGCGGCUGAUAUCGAGAACGCCAUGACCCCCAUUGGCGGCCUAAUACUCAGCUGUCGUAUCAUGAAGCAUCACCCGAUCGUUAUCGCCGAGAUUGUCUUUGAAAGCAAGGAGGGUGCCGACAAUGUGAUUGCUACAUUUGACAAGCAGACAGCCGACGGUCGUGUUCUUAGUGUCUAUCACAAACCAAGCGGUCCUACUUACCCCCUAACCUCCCAGCUACCUCCGUCUCGCGCCCCCACCGGCCCCCGCUCUCAACGCUCGAACGACUACUAUCCCGAGGAUGAUCUAAUUGACGGUACUUUGGGUUUUGAAGACGCUAUGGAGGAGGACGACCUGAUGGCUAAUGGCAACGGACGGCAGCCACCUAGGGGACCGGCAGCUAUGAAUGGCGGCGGCACCGGCGGGCUUUAUAGCGACCAGCUGGUCCGCAAUAGGAAGGGCAGAGGUUUCAAUGGCAACGGCGGGAGAUACUAGUACCCCUGGAGGGGAAGCUGUUGCGAAAGAUCGAGAUUGAACAAGGGAUAAUGUGCGGGUAUGGGCUAGGGUCCCCUGAAUGCGCCAU